UCUGUCUAUGAAUUUUCUCACUCUAACUUCUCAUCAUAACCCUAUUCCCAAGUCCCCAUUCUCUUAUCGCUUUCAUUGGUCACCCUUCACUAUCUCACCCCCUUUGCAGAAAGGAGGAACAAAAGAAAAAGAAGCAAAAGUGAAAGGCGGCCCUUCUCGUCUCCGCCCUCGCUCUCUCCAGCGUUUUAAAGCAGAGAAAAAGAAACGGAAACGCUGACAAAGAGAGAUGUCGUCGUCGGCGGCGGAGGGAUACGUCGGUGGUGGCGGAGGAGGACAGGAGCAUCUACUUCACCACCACCACCACCACCACCAGAUGUACCACGUGCCCCAACAUAGCCGGCGAGAGAAGCUCCGUUUCCCACCGGAGGAAUCCCCGCCGUCCACCUCCUUAUUCUUCCUCCACCACGAUCCAGGCUCUCUCACCACCUUCCUCCCUUCCUCCUCCUCCUCCUCCUCCUCCUCCUCCUCCUCCUUCUAUCCUCAAAACCCUAGCUACAGUCUCUCUCCCACUACCCAAUUCUCCGGCCACCAGAUCUCUCACCAGGGCUUCUCGCUGUCACUUGCCUCCUCUUCUUCUAAGCCGCCUCCGCCUUCUUCGCCUCACCACCAGUUCACCAUCGGGCCGGCGCAGAGGACCACGGGACCCUUCGGCCCCUUCACCGGCUACGCCGCCGUCCUGAACCGCUCCCCGUUCCUCGAGCCCGCGCGGCAACUUCUAGAGGAGAUUUGCGACGUGGGAGGCAGACCAGGACGAGGUCCUGGUGGUGGCAGUGGCGGCGGAGGAAUGCUCCUUGACGCCGAUCCGCCGGAGUUUUCGUCGGAGGAACAUCACGAGAUGGAGGGGUUGACCGGAGGACGGGUGGAGGAGGGUGCGAUCUCGGGGGCGGAGAAUCGGUGGACGAAGACGACGCUCGUGUCCAUGCUUGAUGAGGUCUACAGAAAAUACAAACAAUGCUAUCAACAGGUGCAAGCAGUUAUCACAUCAUUUGAAUCAGUGUCAGGCUUGAGUGGUGCAGCUCCAUAUGCCUGCAUGGCCCUCAAGGCCAUGUUGAAGCACUUCAGGUCCCUCAAAAAUAAGAUAUCUAAUCAACUUCAGCACACAAACAAGGUUCUCGGAAUAGAUGGCCUCAAUAGAGAAGAGAGUUCAAGCUUUGGGCUCAUAAGUGGUGGUGUUGGUCAUCAAAGAGCAUCAAACAACUCUGGCACUUUUGGUCAGGCACAUGUUUGGCGGCCCCAACGAGGACUUCCUGAACGUGCAGUGUCUGUACUACGUGCAUGGUUGUUUGAACACUUCUUGCACCCAUAUCCGACCGACACCGACAAACAGAUGUUGGCUAAACAAACAGGUUUAUCAAGAAACCAGGUCUCAAACUGGUUUAUCAAUGCAAGAGUAAGACUUUGGAAGCCUAUGGUUGAAGAGAUACACACUCUGGAGAUGCAACAACUGCAGAAGGCCCCAGCAGUUGAUAGAAACCAUAAUGACCUAGGGCAAACUAAUCAACCAUCAGAAUCCAUCGGAAUUCCCUCCAGUUCUCAGCCACUCCAUGGCACCAGCAGUCAAAAGAAUCAAAACCCAUCCACCAAACUCUUUCAAGACGACUUCACUCGCAUGCCAAACCACCUCCAGGAACCCUUGAAUUUUGUCUACGAUGAUUUAUCCAGCCAUCAGCACGGAAUGAAUGUUGCUAGUAAUGCAAAUGGUAAUGUUUCUCUCACUCUGGGCCUCCAUCAAAAUAACGGGGUUUGCUUAGCAGAGUCACUUCCCAUGAAUGUUGUUCGCUGUUAUGGCCUUGAAGACUGCAGUGAUGCUUAUGUGAUGGGUGCAUUUGGGGAGCAUGACCGGCGCUUUGGAAAGGAUACCUGGCGGGCAUUUCCUUCAUGACUGAUUUCUUGCUCAAGUAAUCACGUCGUUGUUGAUAAACCGAAGACUUUGUGUGACUUGAAGUCUCCAAGCAGGAGUUUGGAAGGUUGUCCUUCAUGGGGUACGUGCAGAAUGUGAGGGCAAGCUGGCUAGGAUGCUGUUAAUUUGAGUUGGCUGGGAAGGGAAACAGGAAACGAUGGUAGUGUAGUAUUGAUACAUUUACUUGAAUGUAGAGUAUGAAGUGUUUAUAUUAAUCGACCUGCAAGCUUAAGUUGCUAAGCGUGCGAGAAAAUGAUAUUAAAAGAAUGUUUGAGUUGAUGUUAGCUUGCUAGAUAUAUGGUCGAAAUAUAUUGGAGCCCAUUUGUCAUGUCGAGGGGGGGCAGGCUUGUCUGUGAACUGGAGUUGCGUGCUUGUGUCCCGCCAAGACCGAACUUGGAUAGAUUAUGGGAGCUAAUUUAUAGUUUUCACUCAAUCCCAUGUCAAAUGGUUUGAUUGUUGUUA